AUGCACUACAUACGACUGCUCAAAUCACCGGCUCAAUCUCAUUCGGGAAAAAAGCACACGCUAGAUCUCGUCUUCACAAUAACUACAGAUCUAGGCGACUCGUUUUUAUAUCCAGACGAACCAAUUGACUUGACAAUCCAUGCCGAAAUAAGCACUGACUCAGGGCCCAGAACGAAGGUCCCAUUAAGUCUCUUGCCGGGGACAGGCAAAUUACAAUGGCGAUCCGGCAUGCGCGUUGCAAAGCCUUCCGUUGACAUCUCUGGAGUUAUACAACAAGCAUCAAAGUCAAAAUGCAAAGUCGCUAUCUGCAUUAGCACAGAGAAAUACUCCGCGCGUGGAGUACGCGAUAUUCUGGCCACCACAGUUGAUUCAGAGGAGGAGCCGGCUGGACAAGUAAUGCCAGUCUGGAUUACUCUGAAACACGAUGGGGGCGAGGUUGAGGUUUCUACAAGAAGAUUAUCCUUACCCGGGACCACUGAACAGGAUUCAUACGUCGAAUUCGAAGAGGAAAUUGGAGAGAGCAUUGCGAGGCAUAUUUGGGAUGCUGGCGUGCUUGCAUUCUGUGCAAUUGCCGAGUCAUGCAUGUUGCCGACGCCAACGGACACAGAGCCUUCUGGACUAAAAGCUUUGAAGAGUUUAUUCACCGGGACAAAGCCUAUAAACGCGCUGGAGCUAGGUUGCGGCGUUGGAAUUCUCGGAGGAGGCUUGAGUGUCGUCUUUCCAAGGACACGGCCGCCACCUAGCCGUAGAUGUACUAUUCUCAUGACGGACUUGGAGGAAGCGGAGAGUCGAACUAGAUCAAACAUGUCCCGGCUUCUUCAAGCCCGACAGGAGCACAAGUCCAACACUGCACCCCCUGUAAAGCUCCUCUACGAGAACCUCGACUGGGAACAAGGCCGAGAGGGAACGUUUGGCCCAGAAGCACAAAGCCACCGUUGGGACCUUGUCCUACUCAGUGACUGCACUUAUAACGUGGACAUGCUUCCCGCGCUCGUCGGGACGCUUUCCGCGUUGCACGAAUCCAACACGGCACAGGCCGGUGACCAGCCGCAGUCUACAAAGGUCUUUCUGGCCACAAAGCCGCGGCACGCUUCGGAGGAAGCGCUCUUCGGCCUCCUAUCAGACCAGGGUUGGACCGAGUCGCACAGGCAGACGCUGCCACUGCCUGUGCUUGGAGCUGAGACGCAAUGUGUGGAACUGUAUCUCUACGAAAAGGCGUGA